AUGGCCUGGAAGAGGGCGAAAGAAAUGGAAGGCGAAACGUUUGGAGCCGGGAAGGGCGGAAGAGAAGGCGAGACGCCUGCAACUGAGGAGCCUGGUUCAGAAGGUUUGCGUCAUGGAGCCGGAAAACCUGAAGAUGAAGGUGCUUCAUCUGGAAUGGCCUGGAAGAGGGCGAAAGAAAUGGAAGGCGAAAUGUCUGGAGCCGGGAAGGGCGGAAGAGAAGGCGAGACACCUGCAACUGAGGAGCCUGGUUCAGAUGGUUUGCGUCAUGGAGCCGGAAGACCUGAAGAUGAAGUUCCUUCAUCUGGAAUAUCCUGGAAGAGGGCGAAAGAAAUAGAAGGCGAAAUGUUUGGAGCCGGGAAGGGCGGAAGAGAAGAUGAGACGCCUGCAACUGAGGAGCCUGGUUCAGAAGGUUUGCGUCAUGGAGCCGGAAAACCUGAAGAUGAA